AUGCGGGAAAGCCUUUCAUGGCAAUACAACAGUGAAAAAGUGCUGAACCUAGAAACAAACGACAUGGCAGUGUCUAACAACUCGAUAACAAAGGCUUAUAAUCGCCUCUUUGUGGAGUUAGCUGACCCUAGGACAAACGACUGGUUCUUGAUCAAAAGUCCCAUACCGGGGCUUACAAUAUUAGGGCUGUAUCUAUACUUCACUUUAAAAUGGGGGCCCAGGUACAUGGCGGACAAAAAGCCUUUUCAACUACAGAAGACGUUAGUGGUGUAUAACUUUAUCCAGGUUGUAGUCAGCAUAUGGUUGUUUUAUGAGGGUCUCGAUGCGGGUUGGUUAAGAAGUUACAGUUGGAAAUGUCAACCAGUGGAUUUCUCAAGAUCACCGGAAGCAAUGAGGGUUGCAAGGGGCGUCUACAUCUACUUCCUCGCGAAGAUGACAGAACUUCUAGACACGGUAUUCUUCGUAAUAAGAAAGAAGGAUAGACAGAUAACAUUCCUCCAUUUGUACCACCACACUGUGAUGCCCAUGAUAUCGUGGGGAGCCACGAAAUACUACCCUGGAGGCCAUGGCACACUCAUCGGCGUUAUCAACUCAUUUGUUCAUAUAAUAAUGUACACAUACUAUAUGCUGGCAGCCAUGGGACCACAAUUCCAGAGAUACUUAUUCUGGAAACGACACAUUACUACUAUGCAAAUGCUUCAAUUCUGCAUAACGUUCAUUCACUCGUCGCAACUACUGUUCUACGACUGUGGUUACCCACGCUGGUCGGUGGUCUUCACUCUCCCCAACUCAAUAUUCUUCUAUUAUCUCUUCUACGACUUCUAUUACAAGGCGUAUGGCAAACCAGAGAAGAAGACGAAAGUAGUCAACGGCUCGAUAAAAGCGACGCAAACGAAUGGUGUUGCGAAUCACAAAAAUGGCGUUAUGACUAAUGGCAUAUCGAACGGGGUUCAUAAAAAAGUGGAGUGA